CUCGACCCCGACGGCCUCUACAUAGCCACCGUCGCGCUCACCAACAGCUUUCACUGGUCUCUCAUUCACGUCGAUCGCGAUGGCGCCGCGACCGGCCACCACUGGGCUGCCACCACCUCGAAUCCUCACGGGCCCGAGGGCUACAUGGCCUUCACCCUCUCUACCCUCCCGCCGUCCGAUCCCCGCGUAAAGCGCCAGCAGGUGCUCGGCUACUUCAAGGUCCCCGCGUGGCCCCCCUCCAUUGAAGCCGCCGCGCUCCACGAUGCAUGCAACGCGGCUAUCCCGCGGAGCUCACCAAGCGCGCUCCAAAAUCGCGCCGCGAACUUGAACUCUCGCACGUGGGUCACUCGCGUUCUCGCCCGUCUACAUCCCGAGCACGCCUCCGAGGUCGAGGAUUUCGUACUUCGCCACAGCCGCGUUUUCGGCGACGAGGCCGCGCGCAGCUUCCUCUUCAACAAGCCAUAUCCCGCUGCGGUCCUUACCGUC